UAGGCACUUCCUGGAUUUAUCCUUAUAAUAGUCCUUCAGUAUAGAUACUGUUAAUCACUAUAUGGAUGAACAAACUGAGUCUGAGAGAAUUCUGAGUAGUCACAGCUAGUAAUUUAAUGAAAAAGCGAUAUGUUAUGAGAAAUACUUGAAAAGUGACCUCUAAGAGCAUAGAGGAGAGAUACCUAGUUUAGAAUUGAAGGAUAACAGUGAAGGUAGCCUUCACAGAGAAGAUGAUGCCUUAAGCUGAGUCUUUAAAGGCAAGUAUGAAGUUAGACAAAUAAAAUGAUAGGUAGCAAGGUAUGUGUGUGGCAUGGUUAUACUUGUGAACAGUCUUUGCAAAAGACAUACGGAGAUAUGAGAAAGCAUUUUAUGGGAACACCUCAAUAUGACUGAAGCGUAGUACAUGAGUUGGGGAACUAAGAGUGAUUUUAGUAUAUAUAAAGGCAUUAAACCAGGUUGUAUUAUAUAUACUCUAAGAAGUUUAGAUUUGUUUUUAGUAGGUAAUGGGAAUGAUUUUAAAUAGGGGAGCUAAUUGAUUAAACUGUGUAGAAUGGAUUAGAGGAAGGCCUUUCUGCAGUCAGUACACCUGAAAUUAGAUAUAGAUAUACAUAGAAGACUUAUUAGACUGUUGAAAUAGCCCAAGUAAGAAAUAAGGAGGUCUUGAAAUGUGGCAAUGAGAUUAAAGGGGAAAAAGGUGGAAGUGAACGCUAUUUGGGAGGUGGAAUCAACAGAUUGGCAGUGUAAAAAAUGAGAGGAAUGAUUUCUCAGGUUAUACUCAGCUUGGGAGAGUGGUUGUGUCAAUCUGAGAUAAAGCAUAUUAAUGAUAAUAUAUGGAACAUAAUGUAGGGCAUCCUUAAGGCCUUAAUAGGCUCCAAAUAAACAUUUAUGUAAGCUGCUUCCUAAAUUGCCUUCCAAUAUUUUUGAAAUCUGUUCUUCAACCUUGGCGAACUGUAGGCAUUGAGACCUUUUCCUUUAUCAAGCCUUAACACAAUAGCCAAGAGCCCAGUUAUGUUCUGGGUCCUAGGAAGGGGCACAGUGGAAAGUUCUAGGACUUGCCCAUCUAGUGGAAUCUGUUGAGUUUAAAUAGCUUCUGAACUUCCAGUUUUCACAUUCUCCAGCACUGAAAAAGACUUUUACUAGAGAUCAUUUAAAUCAGUAUUGUGGUUAAAAACAAACGUGACCAUAACAUACUAAAGUAAACUUUUAAAACUUCACUAUAGAAUCGUUUACCUGAAAGUCUCAUUGUUUUUUUGCCAAAAUUUAUAAACUAUUAGAAUAUUACAGUGAAGUUGAACUAUGUUACAGGUAACUGUCGACACACCUCUGGAGUGGAAUCUUGAUAACUAUUAUAGUAGAAAACAGGAUCUAAAGUUUGAUGAACUUGUGAAAAAAUUCAAAGUUGAAUAUCAUGCUGGUGGCUCUACCCAGAAUUCAAUUAAAGUGGCCCAGUGGAUGAUUCAGCAACCACACAAAGCAGCAACAUUUUUUGGAUGCAUCGGAAUAGAUAAAUUUGGGGAGAUCCUGAAGAAAAAAACUGCUGAAGUCCAUGUGGAUGCUCAUUAUUAUGAACAGAAUGAGCAACCAACAGGAACCUGUGCUGUGUGCAUCACUGAUGACAACAGGUCCCUUGUAGCUAAUCUUGCUGCUGCCAAUUGUUAUAAAAAGGAAAAACAUCUUGAUAUGGAGAAAAACUGGAUGUUGGUUGAAAAAGCAAGAGUUUAUUACAUAGCGGGUUUUUUUCUUACGGUUUCCCCGGAGUCAGUAUUAAAAGUGGCUUGCCAUGCUUCUGAAAACAACAGAAUUUUCACUUUGAAUCUGUCUGCACCAUUUAUUAGUCAGUUCUUCAAAGAAUCAUUGAUGAAAGUUAUGCCUUAUGUUGACAUACUUUUUGGAAAUGAGACGGAAGCUGCCACUUUUGCUAGAGAGCAAGGCUUUGAGACUGAAGACAUUAAAGAGAUAGCCAGAAAGACACAGGCUCUGCCAAAGGUGAACUCGAAGAGGCAGCGAAUCGUGAUUUUCACCCAAGGGAGAGAUGACACCAUAAUGGCUACAGGAAGUGAAGUCACGGCUUUUCCUGUCUUGGAUCAAAACCAGAAAGAAAUUGUUGAUACCAAUGGAGCUGGAGAUGCAUUUGUUGGAGGUUUUCUGUCUCAACUGGUCUCUGACAAGCCCCUGACUGAAUGCAUUCGUGCUGGCCACUAUGCAGCAAGUGUCAUAAUUAGACGGACUGGAUGCACCUUUCCUGAGAAACCAGACUUCCACUGAUGGAAAAGCAAGAAACCCAAGCCCAGGAGGCCAGACACUGCCCUGAUUGCUUCCUGAGAAUUCCCAUAUUAAUAAAGAAAAUUAUCUGCCAUCUUU